AUGGCCGACAAGAAGCGUUCGAGCAGCAGGCUCUCUUCGCUGCUCUCGCUAACCUCCAUUGCAUCAGACAACUCCGAGUCCAGUCCCAUGGCUUCGUCUGAGCCUGCCGGCCGCUUCAGAAAAGUGAGGAAUCGCAUAUCCUCUGCAACCCAUCUCUCGCCCGUUUACCCCCCUCCUGGCACCGCCGCCCCCGCAAACCUCAGCACGACAAUACAACCCCUCGACUCUGCGCCUCCUGUCCUCGCGUCCCCCGACCCUCCCCCACCGAUACCCGCUCCUCGCUCCUGUAGUGAUCCACCCACUCGUCCACACUCUAGCGCUGGUAUAGGGAGCCGUGAUCCUCAGCUGCUCGACUAUUCGAAGCUGAAGAAGCUCAAGCGACGCAGUGCAUUCUUCGCUGGCCCACGGUCCAGCGAUGAGCGACUGCAAGAAAGAGGGCCCCUCGCUUGGAUCGUCGGGCAUCAAGGAAAGCUUCCUUAUGAUUUGACUCUGCUUCUGAAUGGAGAAAAGGUUCCGGAGCUGUGGGACGAAGAAGGUGAUACACUGUUGUAUCUGUUUCCAAGAAUGGCAGGCAAAGGCCCCUCCUUUCGAGUGGAUUCCUCCCUCUAUGCUUCAUCUCAGUAUAUGACUCGCCUGGUCCAUGGCCGAUUGUACAGCGAUGCCUCACUUGCCCCGCAGCAGGGAUCCCGAAGAAACUGGUCAACUACCAACACACCCUCUCGACCUGGGUCACCGGAUCGGAGCGUGACAGAAGGCAGUUCGGACGGAUCCAAGGGCUCGAGGGCGUUGAGCGAUGCUACCGAGGAUGAUCAUUCGGAGAAACAUUUGUACCUGCCAAUACGACUCAGUACAGACAGUCCGCCAGUGACGGCCGCGGCGCGAGAGCCCGGACUUAGCGUUCAGGACAUCGACACUCUCGUUACCUAUCGGAACUUCGUCGCCUUUCUGAUGGGACAGUCGUUAGUGGCAACCGAGCGGCAUCCGGACAUCUUCACCAUUUUCAUGAGGAUCGCCGACAUCUUGGAACAAUACCAAUUCUCCAACUUUGACGGAUCCACCUUCGGCGAGGUUGCUGCAUCCAGCUUCGACUGCUACGUAGACGAGUUGCAUCUGGCCGACGUGAGGGCCAGCCGUGAGAAGACGAUUGAAGCCAUCGUCCUCGGAGAGCGCAUGCGAUCCUUGGCUCUGUAUACCGAAGGCUUUGUCCAUGCGGCAGGAAAGUUUGAGAACAUCAAACAGCUGAGGCACUCCAAAUUCGACUUGAUAAGUCGUAAGACGGCGACGAGGUUGGCGCGGGCAUCCAUGGAUCUGGAUCUGCGGUUGAAGAACACAAACACAAAGCUGGCCGACUUUGACUUUCCCGCCAUCUUCUCCGGCAUCAUGAAUAGUGACACCGCAGACGAAAAGAAGGUGGUUCGGUUCAAGAACUGGAGAGCUGCUUUCAUGGCGUGCCGGUCGUUUGCGCUUGAUUACUACAAGUCAAAAUAUGGCUCAUGGCUUCCGAAAGCGAAGUCGAAGAAGAAUAACCUGACAACGAGCGGACUGAAUCGGCUUGUUCUCCUGGAUCUCUACAACGACUUCUCCGACUUGUACGACCUGCUUGUUGAUCGCACCAACCUGACGACCCGAACCGCAGACGGCUUCAUGACGAAUGACGAAAGCACGGAUUUCGAAGCGGUCGUUCACCGUGCUCUCCGCAAAGUAUUGAGCGAGUAUGACCGUAGUACUCCGCCAGUGCAGCCGCCGAUCCCCUUCGACUUACCCCUCUACCCGACACUCCGAGGCGGCACGGGAGACUAUCCGUCUGGUGAUCCGAAGAAAGACGCCAAAGCGCGGUCUAAGAAGCUGAAAGCAGACGACAUUUCGAGAAUGAUCCGGCAGUCGCAUAAUGCCGAUGCCGAACAGCAUACCGAUUUCUUGGAAGCAUUCCGCCGCUUUGAGCACAAGCAGGCCUCUGGCUGUACCACGGAGGAACUCUGGGAAAUGCGGUCAGGUCACUGGCUAUUCUUGUAUGCUGUGAUUCAGUCACUCCCCAUGUUGGUCGUGGACGCACCCGGUGUUCGCUUCACAGAGGGAGUGGAAUACUUUCUAUGCGAGCCGCCUCGAUCGGGAGUUCCGUGGGGCCGCGAAGACUCCAACCGGGCGAGGACCUGGUUUGGGGUGGCCGGCGGCUCUCAAGUGGUCAGCCUGCCAACAGACGUCGUGGAGCAUGGCGUUGAGGGCGUCUUCCGUCGUUCGCAUUGCUGGAAGAUGGCAGAGAGAUGGUCCAAGAAUGACGCGAUGCUCCAAGCCGCAGUGCACGAAACGAUCGAUUCUGAGCCUCUGCCCCCGCCACCGGGUGUCUUGAUUGAGAAUAUUGGAUCCCACUCUCGCUCGCAGAGCCCCGACCGCCGGCGCGAAAGCGUCAUGAACCUGGGGCUAGAGGCCCUACCACUGCCCGCUACAAUCGGGCCGAGCACCACGCUUGCCGUAAGGCCUGCGUCCAGCAAUGACCCAACAAAAACAUUUGACGCGAUCCUGUCCUCAGCCGAGCUAAGCAAGCCGGGGAAGAAGAAGAGGUAG